AACCAAACAUUGUGACACCCAGCGGAAGUAAACAGAGGUAACGCUCCUCGCUGUGUCUGCAGGUGUAUCUGGUUAUUAAGGAGAAGUAAACAAACAUGUCUUCAGUCGAGUAUUUGACAGAGUUUGUGAACGAGCGACUGUCUGCUGCUGCGGAGGAAAUAUUAAGAGUCUUCAAACAACGAAUCAUCGAGUACGAAGAAGAGAUCGAGCGACAGCGCACACUGUUGGCCAUCGCCUGGAAACCCAAAGUACAGCUACACAGGAUGGAGCUCCCACGGCAACAUGUCUGCAAGGAGGAGGAGGAUCUCCAUGAACAGUGUAAAAUGGAGAGGAACUCCGGCGAGGCCCGAGAGGACUCAGAGCCUCCACAGAUUAAAGAGGAACAGGAGGAAAUCUGCACCAGUCAGGAGGAAGAGCAUCUUGCCCCAGUGCAGGGGUGGGGUACCUUUAUGUUGAUUCCAACUUGUGAGGACCAGACCCUGCUUCUGAACCCUGAUGAAACCCUUGGUGCAACAGAGAGAGAGACUCCACUCAACAUAGGUCAAAGCUGCGUUGUAUCAGAAUCAAACAGUGACCACGAGCUCCUCUCUCACGACCAUCAUGCAACUGGAAACGAAGAUCACACAGGCGACACAAAUGGAAAUCCAGAAUCAAGUAGAGAUGCAGAGCCAAACCCCCAAAAAAGACGCCUAAAAAGAAGCAUCUGCAGUAAUGAUUUAUGUAACUCUACGAUGUUAAAGGUUCACCUGAAUACCCACACAGGUAAACAGUUGUCUAAAUGUGACACCUGUGGGAAAGCUUUCAAUAAGAUGUCCAAACUGAAAAGACACAUGAUGAUCCACACAGGUGAGAAGCCGUACGUUUGCAGCACAUGUGGGAAAGCUCAGCGAUGUAACACUAACUUGAAAAUCCACAUGAGGAUCCACACAGGCGAGAAGCCGCACGUUUGCAUCACCUGCGGGAAAGGAUUCAGUCAGACGUCAGACUUGAAAAGACACGCAAGGACUCAUACGGGAGAGAAACCAUAUGGUUGCGUCAGAUGUGGGGAACAUUACACGUGGAAAAAUCAGCUGACAAAACACAAGGAGUCAUGCAGUUUAAAAUCCAUAUAACUGAGACGUUCUGGGGAGAAAGUUUUGUAAAAUCACAUCCCUGAAAACUUGUAAUUUAAAUUAUUAUCGAUAAGACUUUUCAGCAGUGUGUCAAUUAAUAACAGGAGCUCCAUAUUUACAUAUGCAACAUUAAUGUACACAUGAAUGCAUCAGUAAAGGGGCUAUUAUGCGUAAUAGUUUUACUGUAAGUGUACUUAUUUUUAUUUAAGUAUAUUUUAAUGAUUUAGUAAAAGAUGUGAGUAAUUCGUCCACCACUGAACAUUUCACAGUUGUCGAAUAUUGUCUUGUUUAGAAAUGUUAAAUAAAACCUGGUUUUAGAAAAUACAUGAAAGUCUAUUUGUAUUUUAAAAACAGGUGAAAUAUUCGUAUUAGCACUGACAGGUUUUUGUUUAUAAGCAAAGUUUUUAAGGGUCUAUUGGCAGAAAUGGAUAAUAUAAUAUUCAUGGGUAUGUUUUCAUUAGUGUAUUAUCACCUGAAUAUAGGAAUCGCGUUUUCUUUACCUUACAAUGAGACUUGUUUUUUUUAAUUUUUUUUUAUCUACAGACGCUGCAGGUUGCCUUCCAUGGAGUCCGCCACGUUUCACACUUUACAGCCCGUUCUCAUUUGUCAUCAAAUACAGACGCCAGCAGUGUUCACUUAGUUGCAAUCUCCAACUUUACCACUAGAUGCCACUAAAUCCCCCACACUGGUCCUUUACGACCAAAAUGAUUUAAUAACCAGAUUUUGUGCACUCUACGCCAUACAUCAUAUUUGAACAGACCAUAUGUUUUGUAUGUGAAAUCUUAACUUGUAUUAAAUGUAAAUACUCAAGUACAA